UCUCUUUAUUUGAUCUACUUAUGACAUUGUUUCUGGGUAUUUUAUUGCAACUUGCAGGUCUUUUUAGCAGUAAUGGAAUAGUCUCAGAUUGAGUUGUUUAGGUUUCAAAUCAAUACUAGACAACUUUAGGCAUGUUCAGUCUGGCAGAGCUCUAAUCUUAAAGGAAGUAAAUAUGUUUUUUAUGAAGAGAAAAGAAACCCCUGAUUUGAAGCAAUGGAUAUAUGCCAUACAUCAUCAAAGUGAAAGUGAAAAGAGAGUUGAAAAAGAAAGCCAUAGACGCAACUGUUGGGAUUUUCUUUUCCCCAUUAACCGUUCAAGUUAAAAGGUGGUGGCUCUCUAAUGCAAUCCUUGUGGCACAAUAUUUGGAAGCCUCACUCUCUGGCAGCUCAGAACAAAAAGGGCAACUUCUUCUUAAUCCAAUCCAAAACUUUGAGACAAUGCCAACUUCUUCAAUCUUGUUUUCUCUCUUCCUUUGCCUGUUAGCAUUUUCCACAAUUGCAGAUGGGGAACAAGUCAUACUUGUGAACAACUGCAAGGAAAGCAUUUGGCCAGGGACACUUGGCGGUGCAGGUCAGGUCAGCCCUAAAGAUGGUGGCUUCCAUCUUGGUAGUGGUGAAGAAGUAGUCCUUGACGUGCCGCAGAAGUGGUCAGGGAGGAUAUGGGGCAGGCAAGGUUGUAAUUUCGACAGUAAUGGGAAGGGUUCUUGUGAAACUGGUGACUGCUCUGGAAUGCUUCACUGCCAAGGAAAAGGAGGUACACCCCCUGCAACUGUGAUAGAAAUGACUCUAGGAUCAUCUUCUUCACCACUGCAUUUCUAUGAUGUUAGUUUGGUUGAUGGCUUCAAUCUUCCGGUUUCAAUGAAACCUGUCGGGGGAGGAAUUGGUUGUGGAGUUGCAUCAUGUGAAGUUGAUUUGAAUGUUUGCUGCCCAUCAGCAUUGGAAGUGAAGAAAGGAGCCAAGGUGGUGGGAUGUAAGAGUGCCUGCUUGGCCAUGCAAUCAGCUAAAUAUUGCUGCACAGGGGAGUAUGCAAAUCCAAAUACCUGCAAGCCAACGCUUUUUGCACAUCUCUUCAAGGCUAUCUGCCCAAAGGCCUAUAGCUAUGCUUUUGAUGACUCUAGCAGCCUUAACAAAUGCAGGGCUUCACGUUAUGUUAUUACUUUUUGCCCUCCUCAAUGAACAAUGUCAAAAAGAAGAAAAAGGAAACAACUCAAGGUUGUUGCCAUGGCCAUGUUAGGGAAGUCAACGCCACCACCAACAGAGUGUUUUUUAUGAUUUUUACCGGUAAUUAUUAGUUGAAAAACAGAUGGAUCAGUUUCUUCCCUCCUUCACAAAUUAGCUGAUAGGAUUAUGAAGGUCUGUUAGUAAAGAAAUGGAUGGAAAAAUUAGUUUUCCUCUAUGUUUUGAAAUGUAUCUUGCAAUAUGAAUAGAAACUGAUAUACAUACUGAUGCAUGGUGUAUUCUGCUUUUGCUACAGAA